GCAUGGAAGAGGCGUUGGUUCGUGUUGCGAAGCGGUCGGCUGACUGGUGAGCCAGAUGUCCUGCAAUACUACAAGAACCAGCAGUCCCGCCGGCCAAUCAGAACUAUUAAUCUGAACUUAUGUGAACAGGUGGAUGCUGGCCUGACAUUCACAAAGAAGGAGCUGGAGAGCAGCUUUGUGUUCGACCUGAGGACGGAGGAGAGGACCUGGUACCUGGUGGCUGAGUCUGAAGAGGACAUGAACCGCUGGGUGUCCUCCAUCUGCCUGCUCUGUGGCUUCAACCCGACCGAUGACGUUCCACAGAGACCUCCUGUCUCUGGCUCGUCCUCCACUACAGCGUCCACCCCAACCAGAGGCAAUGCCGCCAUAACAGGGUCAGUCCAACCCCCAUAUGAUGCGGUGAGUGUGGAAAGCCUGGGGAAUGAUGGCGCUGCAGAAGAUUACCUGUGGUUGUCACACUGCCAGAGUCACAUCAGACCUCCUUCAGGUUCCUCCACCUCUCUUGAAACCGACUACAACGACAACCUCUACCCUCCUCCCUCUUACACGUCCUCCUCUUCUUCUUCUUCCUCCUCUCCUUCCCUCCUUCCCAACGGCCUCCCAAAUCCGUCUUCCUCCUCUUCCUCCAUCUAUAGGACAGCCCUGUGGACAGUUGCCACCAUGACAAGCCCUUUAAGCCAGUCUCUGGAUGCCAGCAUGACCUCUGACCUCCAGAAACGAGCUGGCAGAGCUCGUUGUCACCCAUCUCCUCAUCCCAGGAAGCACUCCCUGGAUUUCCACCUACGGCCUGUGGAGAUAUCUCUGAGUGAUGAGACACACUCCACCGUGCAGCCAAAUACGCACUCACACACCACUAGUGCUUACCAAAUCCCCCGCCCAGCAACAGCCGUGCAACCACGACCCACUCGCCGCCCAUCCUCUACCCCCAGUGUGGACUCCCUAACCCAGGCGGAGCUCCACGCCCCCACCAGGACUCCUCCUCCACGCCCGCCGAAGCCCCCAAAUAUCGCAGCCCAGGGAGAGAGCUCGCCCAUGGGCAUGCUCCCUCGAUCCAGCUCAGAGUCAGAGAGGAGGGACGGAUGUGUGGAGGGACGGGGAGGAGGUAUGCCGAGGAGUAACACUGUCACUGCGCCAGGACGCACACAGACAGGUAAGAAGUGAACAGUCUGUCCUGACUUAAUUAACAGCCUGGUUUUAAAAUAUAUU